CCAAUUAUAGAAAAAUAGAAAAGAAUACAGUAGUAUAAAAUUGGCUCCAAGAAUUCGCCGUCUCUCAGCCACUCUCUCUCUCUUCCUUCCUCCUCCCCUAAAUUCGUAAAACCUCAGUCCCCCAAAACCCAAAACCCCAGGACCUACAGUCAAGAACCCACUGUUGACAAGUUUCUUUUUGACAUUUAAUCAAAGAGUUGAGCUGCGAUUCCGACAUUUGCUCAAUUGGACCAAAUAUGGCGGGAAAGUCCAAUAAGGGAAAGAACCGUAAGGGUUUGCAGCAAAGUGCUACAAGUUCUUCAGAGCAGGCCGUCACUUCUGAUGCACCCUUGAAUGAUAGUUUGACUGCUUCACAGGCUAAUGGAGAUGUGCCCUUGACUGAAUCAAUUGACACAAAUUCUGUGGUGAAGGAACACGAUAAGGCAUCCCAGCCGCAUCCAGGAAAGCAAGCUGAUGUUCAUCUUUAUCCUGUUUCUGUGAAAACACAAGGAGGAGACAAGCUCGAGCUACAAUUGAGUCCUGGAGAUUCAGUAAUGGAUGUUAGGCAGUUUCUUCUUGAUGCACCAGAAACAUGCUUUGUUACUUGCUAUGAUUUGUUACUGCACACAAAGGAUGGUUCUACUCAUCAUUUAGAAGAUUACAAUGAAAUUUCUGAAGUUGCUGAUAUUACUUCUGGGAGUUGCCUUUUGGAAAUGGUUGCUGCAUUAUACGAUGAUCGAUCCAUCAGAGCCCAUGUUCACCGAACUAGAGAGUUACUUUCUCUUUCGACAUUGCAUUCCUCUUUGUCCACAACGCUUGCACUACAACAUGAAACAAGUCGAGAUGCAUCUGCUAAUUUAGGAGAUGCUGUGAAAGCUGAAAUGCCGGAACUCAAUAAUCUGGGUUUUAUGGAGAAUGUUACUAGUUCACUCAGUAAUUUGUUGUCAUCACCCUCCAAAGAGAUCAAAUGUGUCGAAAGCAUUGUUUUCUCUUCAUUUAAUCCUCCUCCAAGCCGCAGAAGGCUUUCUGGUGACUUGCUUUAUCUGGAUGUAGUAACACUGGAAGGAAAUCAAUAUUGUGUUACUGGAACAACAAAGUCUUUCUAUGUGAACUCCAGCACAGGGACUAUUCUUGAUCCAAGGCCAAAUAAAGCUGCUUUAGAAGCAACAACCCUUGUCGGACUUUUGCAAAAACUUAGUCCCAAGUUCAAGAAAGCUUUUCGAGAAAUUUUGGAGCGCAAGGCCUCUGCACAUCCUUUUGAGAAUGUUCCAUCUCUGUUGCCACCAAAUGCAUGGCUUGGCUUGUAUCCUGUUCCUGAUCACAAACGUGAUGCAGCCAGAGCCGAAAAUUCUUUAACACUUUCUUUUGGAAGUGAACUGAUUGGCAUGCAGAGAGAUUGGAAUGAAGAACUGCAGGCUUGUCGGGAGUUCCCACAUGCCACACAUCAGGAAAGGAUCUUGAGAGAUAGAGCUCUUUACAAAGUGACUUCUGAUUUUGUUGAUGCUGCAACUAGUGGUGCUAUUGGAGUGAUUAACAGAUGUAUUCCACCUAUUAAUCCCACUGAUCCAGAGUGCUUCCAUAUGUAUGUCCAUAACAACAUAUUCUUCAGUUUUGCUGUUGAUGCGGACCUUGAGCAAUUGCCCCAGAAACAGGCAUCAGAAGAGCUCUCCAAAGUUGAGACCACAGCCUCAUCGCACAUUUCUUCUAAGACAGACAACAAUCUGUCACAAGGAGCUUUUGGAGUUUCCAGUGCGGAUGGAUCUUCUAUUCCAGAUACGCAAAAUAUUAAUGGCAUUCACACAUUGUCCCCUGAUGCACCUGUAGAGACUCAGUUGGCUGAAAGUGAGCAAGCCACGUAUGCAAGUGCUAACAAUGACUUAAAAGGCACCAAGGCAUGCCAGGAAGCUGAUGUUCCUGGAUUGUAUAACCUUGCUAUGGCCAUAAUCGAUUACAGAGGUCAUAGAGUGGUAGCACAGAGUGUCUUGCCUGGAAUCCUUCAAGGUGAUAAAUCAGACUCCCUUCUAUAUGGUUCUGUUGACAAUGGCAAGAAAAUUUGCUGGAAUGAAGCUUUUCACGCAAAGGUACUGGAAGCAGCCAAACGUCUUCAUCUGAAGGAGCACACUGUGCUUGAUGGAUCUGGUAAUGUUUUCAAGCUAGCUGCACCAGUUGAGUGCAAGGGCAUUGUUGGUAGUGAUGACAGGCAUUAUCUUUUGGACUUGAUGAGAGUCACUCCUCGUGAUGCAAACUAUAUGGAAGCAGGUUCAAGAUUUUGUAUUUUGAGGCCUGAACUUAUAACUGCCUUUUGCCAUGCUGAAGCAGCUGAGAAGUCGAAGUCUGGGUGUGAAUCAGGAGGAGAGAAUCCCGUCGCUUCUGAUUCUUUGGAUACCAGUAAUUCUGAAGAGCUGGUGAAAGCGGAGGCAAAUGCAGCAUCAACGAGUGAGUCACAGGAUGCUGUGGAUGGUGAAAACCAGAAGUUUCAAGAAUGUUGUUCUCACUCAAAGAGUGAAGACACAAGCAAAGAGAUACUUUUCAAUCCUAACGUUUUUACUGAAUUUAAGCUAGCUGGGAAUCCAGAGGACAUAGCUGCAGAUGAGGAAAAUGUGAGGAAAGCAAGUCUAUAUCUUAAAGAUGUUGUACUGCCUAAAUUCAUACAUGAUCUUAGCACCCUUGAAGUUUCACCAAUGGAUGGACAAACUUUAACUGAAGCACUCCAUGCUCAUGGGAUUAAUGUUCGUUAUAUUGGAAAGGUAGCUGAAGGGACCAGACAUAUGCCUCAUAUAUGGGAUCUUUGUUCCAGUGAGAUUAUUGUCAGAUCUGCUAAGCACAUCGCCAAGGAUGUUUUAAGAGAUACAGCAGAUCAUGAUCUUGGGCAUGCAAUUUCACAUUUUUUCAACUGUUUCGUAGGAAAAGUUCAGGCUGUUUCUACUAGAGGUGCUAUGAACAGUGCACAUUCCAAAACCCAGAAAAAGGUUCAUUCAGGACAUCAUGCUUUAGGGAAGUCUUCAAAGGCACAAGCUAAGUCACGACAUGGAGGAUCUGUGAGAAAGAAGCAGUCCUUGUAUUUUAGUAUUACCUCUGAAAGUUUAUGGUCUGACAUUCAGGAAUUUGCUAAACUAAAAUACCAGUUUGAGUUGCCAGAAGACGCAAGGCAUCAGGUGAAGAAAAUUUCAGUUAUACGAAAUCUUUGCCAAAAGGUUGGUAUCACCAUUGCUGCUCGCAAGUAUGACUUUGAUGCUGCGGCACCUUUCCAAGUUUCAGAUAUAUUGAAUAUCCAACCAGUAGUGAAGCAUUCAAUUCCAGUCUGUUCCGAAGCCAAGGAUCUGGUUGAAACUGGCAAAGUUCAAUUAGCAGAGGGAAUGCUUAAUGAGGCAUACACACUAUUUUCUGAAGCUUUCACAAUUCUCCAGCAGGUCACUGGUCCAAUGCAUCGAGAGGUUGCAAAUUGUUGCCGCUACUUGGCCAUGGUCUUAUACCAUGCUGGGGAUAUGGCUGGAGCAAUAAUGCAACAGCACAAGGAACUAAUCAUAAAUGAACGCUGCCUUGGACUGGACCACCCUGACACUGCUCAUAGUUACGGGAAUAUGGCUUUGUUCUACCACGGUCUUAACCAGACAGAGCUUGCAUUACGUCAUAUGUCACGGGCAUUGCUUUUGUUAAGUUUGUCAUCUGGCCCAGAUCACCCUGAUGUUGCUGCUACUUUUAUAAAUGUUGCAAUGAUGUAUCAAGAUAUGGGAAAGAUGGAUACAGCCCUUAGAUAUUUACAAGAAGCCUUGAAAAAGAAUGAAAAACUGCUAGGAGAGGAACAUAUUCAAACUGCUGUGUGCUAUCAUGCUUUGGCUAUUGCAUUUAACUGUAUGGGAGCUUUCAAGCUUUCUCACCAGCAUGAGAAGAAAACAUAUGAUAUUCUUGUAAAACAACUUGGUGAGGAUGACUCUAGGACAAAGGAUUCCCAGAACUGGAUGAAAACGUUUAAGAUGCGUGAGUUGCAAAUGAAUGCACAAAAGCAGAAAGGUCAGGCUUUGAAUUCUGCUUCUGCUCAAAAGGCUAUUGAUAUAUUAAAGGCUCAUCCAGACCUGAUACAAGCAUUUCAAGCGGCUGCUGUAGCUGGGGGUUCGGGCGCCUCAGCAAACAAAUCAUUCAACAGUCCGGUCAUUGGUGAAGCCCUUCCCCGAGGAAGGGGCGUCGAUGAAAGAGCCGCUAGAGCUGCUGCUGAAGUGAGGAAAAAAGCAGCAGCAAGGGGUCUUUUGACACGCUCACAUGGUGUUCCCGUACAGGCUUUACCACCUUUUACGCAGCUCCUCAACAUAAUAAAUUCAGGAGUCACACCAGAUGCUGCAAAUGAGACAAACAAUGAGGAAAAGAAAGAAUCAAACAAGCAAACUUCAAAUGGAGUACAAGAACCGGAAGUUGACCAAUCCAAACCAGGUCAAAAAGAUCAAGCUCCCAUGGGAUUAGGAUCAGGCCUGGCUGCUUUGGAUUCCAAGAAGCUGAAAACGAAAGCUAAAGCUGCAUCAUGAAAUACCGAAGAUACUUCUAACCAAGCCCAUAACGCUUUUCUUUUAGUUCCUUUUAGGAGUAGUUUUCAGUUUGAAUGAAGUUUCAAACGUAAUUGAGUUAAUUGCAUUAUUCAUGCACUCUGCUUUAAGAAUGAAAAAUGUGUGCUCAGCGUUUACCUGUUUAGAGGAUCUUUCAAUAAGUAUGAUCAAGAGAAUUUGUCUUGAGAGAAAAGUUGUCUGCGAUUGUCCGAGAAAUGUAUGUACUUUUUCAUGUAGCAGCCAAGACGUUGUGCUUUUAUGGAAUCACAGAUUCUC